AUGUCCAAUUUUAUCAAGCAGCCCCCAGCUCCCCAACACGCUCUCCUCUCCUUCCCAGCUCCGAAUGUGCUACUAGUAACUCUCAACCGACCCAGCGCACUCAACUGCCUCAAUUCUCAAGGUCAUGCUGAUCUCCACGAAGUAUGGGAGUGGAUGGACGAGGAGCCGAGCUUGAGAGUGGGUGUUAUUACCGGGACAGGAAGGGCCUUCUGUGCAGGGGCCGAUUUGAAAGAAUGGAACGACCGCUCCAGCUCCAAUAGUCGCAGCCCAAUGCCCGCCAGCGGCUUUGGCGGUCUAGCACGCCGGAAAGGCAAAAAGCCCGUAAUCGCCGCAGUCAAUGGGCUCUGUUUCGGUGGCGGCUCGGAGAUGAUAAUCAACUGUGAUCUCGUCAUUGCUUCAUCGCGAAGUGUCUUUGGGUUGCCGGAGGUUAAGCGGGGUGUUGUCGCUCUUGCGGGCGCGUUGCCUCGCCUCGUCCGCACUGUCGGGAAGCAGCGUGCAAUGGAGAUGGCGCUUACGGGAAGGAAUGUUCUUCCCAAUGAGGCGGAGAAAUGGGGUCUUGUGAAUGAGGUUGUGGAUGUUGGGGGCAAGGAGGUUUCGCUGGAAGAAGGGAAUCGGAUUCUUGUGGAGCGGGUGCUGGCUGUUGCUACUGUUAUUACAGGGAAUAGUCCUGAUGCGGUUCUGGUUAGUCGGGAGGGUAUUAAGCUUGGUUGGGAAGGUAUUGGGGCAGAUGAGGCGACGAGCAUGUUGAAUGAUACAUGGGUACAGAGGCUGUAUGAGGGAGAGAAUAUUAAGGAGGGAUUGCAGGCCUUCGUGGAGAAGAGGGCGCCUGUUUGGAAGGAUAGUAAGCUGUGA